AUGUUUGGGAUGUGAGUAUGGCUUAGGCUAAGUGAGCAUUUCCUGUGGGAGGGGGGGAUAGGGACGACAUGGCUGGAUGGGUUUGGCUUUCAGGCGUGGGUGAGUGGUUGGGUCAGAAGGUGACGUGAAUGGGAUGGGUGGAUGGGACUGGGGCCUGGGAACCAGCCAUAUCCAGGUACCACAUUGGCUUGAGUGAGCACAGUUACCCAGCCUUGGCCACUGACGGAGUGCGUGGUGCGACCUCGGAAGUAUGCAUGGAUGUAUCCAUCUCCCAGUUGACGCACAGGAUGUGUCGUGCUGUUGUACGUCAUCCAUCUGUGUCUACUGACCCGGCCAGGAUGCCACCCAAACAAACCAAUAGCUUAACAUGGUGACACGGGUUUGAUCCAACAUGACUAUUGUAGUGUAGAUAGACACCAUCUUUCUAUCAAAUUGGUACGAGUUGAUUAAUCCAAUCCACUCGCAUUCACCUAAUAGGCUAAUGUACCGGUAAGCCAAGGUGAUGUUAUUUUCUUGUUGUGUAUAUCAAGUCAUAUCUUGUCACUCAACACACACCAAGACACACAUUUACUUAGGGCCUGGACGAUACCAGUAUCGCGACACUCAUUAUUUUCGUGACAAGGAAACAAAACACAAAGUGGAUUUCAUUUCAUUAGGAAAACAGCUCUGAUGUUGGAGAGUCACAAUUAUUUAUUUUUCAAGCUAUAGCACACUAUUUUACAUACAGCAGGUUUUUAAAGGACCAAAGAGUGUGGUCCGCAAGUGCUUUCAUUUUUGCCAUGGAAAAAAUGCUGCGAUACUGGUAUCGUCCCAGCCAUACAUUUACUCAUUAAGGCUUAGGCCUACCUUGACUCCUUCACGGUGCUGUGCCGGAUUUAAACCUGAUGUUGGCCCUAAAGAGAAAGGGUGGGAGUGAGUGAGGUAGAAAAAGCGGGAGAUAACGGCGAAGGUGUAUCAGCAUUGGGCUUCUAGUUAUAAGAGUUUAUGGGAUUAGGGGAGAUGUCUCUGGAGAAUAAAUAGAGCCGGAAUACUACCUGUGUAGGCGACCAGCCUGCCAUGCGUCGGCAAAGGACCAUUCAGAAAUAACCAGUGAUCUUUAUAGCACCAAGGAAGAUUGUGAUCUUUGUGAUCUUGACUCGCCCAGACUUAUUUUAGUUGGCUGGCUGCAAUUGGGAUUUUUUAAGUGUUUAUCUGGGGCCAGUUUUCACCGGUUGUCUGGGAAUUGGACCAACAGUUGGGUGCGCACACAGCCACACACAAUCAAACACACAGCCAGACUAUCAUCCAUGCUGGGCAAUUAGGAAGCAAAAUAAAAUACAUGCUGCUGGGAGUUAAAGACAGACCAGGAGGGGGGGGGGGGGGGGGGGGGUGGAAGACUAUUGUACCCACACAGAUGGACAAAUAGGGACAUAGACAGAAGAAUGAAAAGGAUUGACAUGUGGAGACACAUUAAGGAUAUGACAAAUGUUGAAAAAAUGUCUUAACGAUUAAACUGGCAUUAAAAAAAAAAAAGUUUUAAAGUCAUCCUGCGAAUGACCAUAAGGGGGCAAUGCAGUUCUACCACAGUCAUGGCUCAAGGUCACAUUGACAGAUUUUUCACCUAGUUGGCUGGGGGAUUCGAACCAGCGACCUUUCGGUUACUUGCCAGUAACCGCUAGGUUACCUGCUGCCUCCAUCAUCAGUGUGAUGGCUCGUUGCAGUGAUGUAUGACAGUGUGUUCAUAGACCUCCAACAAUCUGUUGUUAACGUGGCAUAUGGGGUGUUUGAGAGCUUGCGCUUUGUACUUGCAGAGCAAUCAUUGUACAAUUUCUCCAUCAAGGCCGUCACUUGGCAUCUUUUGACAUGGCAUCUUGUAGUCUGUCCGAGAUAUGCAAUCGGCAUUGAAGCCGACAUCCUCUACCAUUGACAAUAGGGGAAGGGGAAAGGGGGUACCUAGUCAGUUAUACAACUGAAUGCAUUCAACCGAAAUGUGUCUUGCGCAUUUAACCCAACCCCUCUGAAUCAGAGAGGUGCGGGGGGCUGCCUUAAUCGACGUCAUCGCCGCCUGGGGAGCAGUUGUUGUGGGGGUUAACUGCCUUGCUCAAGGGCAGAACGGCAGAUUUUCCACCUUGCCGGCUCGGGGAUUCGAACAAGCAACCUUUCAGUUACUGUCACAAUGCUCUAACCGUUAGGCUACCUGGCUGCAUAUCAACUGAAAUUGUUUCUGUAAUCAGCGCUGUGAUUUUCUCACUCCCUCCUUUAUCACACUUCUUUCGCGUGAAGAGCCUGUCUGUAUGUUGUUGGGGGGCCUGCGCUGCUGCCAGCAACGGUUUGGGUCUCAUGGUGCCUCCCUUUCAGAUGGUUAAGCAUUGCACUGUAAUGCCAUUGUAGCUCAAUUCCACCUCACAAAGUUUGCAUUUCACCUUCUCAUUUAACUUCUCAAAGUACUGGACUUCGCUGCUGUCGCUUCCCUGUCUCAUUCUCUGCCAUUUUCCCAGCUGUUUGAAAGAUGCAUAUCUCUUAACGUUACAGCAUUGUUUUGUUAGGUAUUUGUUUAUUUUUUAUUUUUCCCUUCAUGAUGAUGAUGAUGAUGAUGAUGAUGAUCGGGACCUGUUAGUGGUAGUUCUGUGAUAACUGCACUGUGAUUAAAAAUGUUGUGGAAAAAACAUUGUUUUUCGGUUAGGGAUGUUUUCUAAACAUUAACAAUUAAGUUUAAGAAUUCACACCCCUAAGACACACACACACACAGAAACGAGUCACCUGUCUGAUGCAGUGGUGUGUAACCUUGUAUGGGUUCCUUUGAUAUUCCCUUUGGCGUUCAACUAAACAGGUUGCCUAACAGGUUGCCUCCAUUUGAUGCCUUGAAGCCUCUUUUUUUAAGCACACUUUUAGGGAACUAUAUUAUUUUUAUAGCCGUUGACUUGAACCCCCUCUCACCUUAUAGAUCUGUAGGCCAAUAAUCACAUAAAGCCCUAUUUUUUAUGCAGUUGUGACAAAGCAGGGGAAAAUAGUAUUUUACUGGUACAAAGCAGAGUUACCCAAGGUUGACAGAAUGUAGAUAGACCAGCUUCAAUACUUCAAACUAAUCCCAUCUUGACAGAGAAGAGAAGACGACGUCUAAACUGCUGUUUUUCUCUCUCCCUCCCUUUCCAACCUCCUCCUCACCAGGUGGCCUGUAGCACCAAGAGCAACAAGCAACACUGCACAGAGAAGGCGAGCACAUCAACAUUUUUGAAACCUAAACCCCUUUUAAAGGAGGGUUUUUUUUGUGUGUUUUCAGGAGAAACAAUGCUUUCUCUCCUUAGUGUUUAAUCAACCAAUCAACCAGCCAUGAGUCACAACUGCAGUCACACUAGUCCCACCUAAUCAACUGGAAAAUAUACUUUUCAAUAAUUAACACUUGGUGAGAGCGCUUUAUCUCAACUAAACCUAACCAGCCUCGUCCUAACCUAUUAUGAGUUAUGACAAAUCAAACUCCGCCCCUGGCAAUGACACUCAAGAACGAGUGGGAAGUGCCAAUGAAGAAGAAGAAGAAGAGGGGGUGGGAACAGGAGUGAGCUUCCCGGGCAGCAACAACAGUGGCAGCCAAUUGGAAACAUCGGACUUAGCCAAUCGGGAGCGAGGAUCCUCUCCAUGUGGAUCCGGCGCCGGCGGCUCGUCCGGAGGGGACCAAAGGGGUCCCACCUCAGACGACGGGGACGCUCUAUCCAGUGUGAACGACUCCGGGGAGAGGGAGUCGAGCGAAGGAGGGAGGCAGAGUGGCAGUGGGUUCAGGGGACGUCAAUCCAGGAGUUCCCACUGUUCCUCCAGCCAGAAGGACUCAGGCAUGAUGCUGGAGAACACGGAGAGCAAUAAGAGCUCUAACUCCCAGUCCCAGAGCCCUUCUCCACCCAGCAGUUCCCUGGCCUACAGCCUGCUGUCAGCCAGCUCAGAGCAGGACCCUCCCUCCACCUCUGGCUGCAGCAGCAAUGAGCAGCACCAGACGGCCCGCAUCCAGACCCAAAAGGAGAUGCUGAAAGCCCUCAAGGAGCUUAAGAUCCGCCUGCCUGCAGAGCGCAAGGGCAAAGGUUGCUCCAGCACCCUAGACGCCCUCAAGUACGCCCUGAACUGUGUGAAGCAGGUUCGGGCCAACCAGGAGUACUACCACCAGUGGGGCGUGGAGGAGUGCCACGGCUGCAGCCUGGAUCUGUCCUCAUACACAAUUGAGGAACUGGACAACAUCACCUCUGAAUACACCCUCAAAAACACAGUAAGUGAAUUUCCUCAAAACAAUGUAUUUCACACUUACAUUCAGUUUCACCUUGUGAAUUGAACCAUUCUUUUUUUUGUAACACUGAGCAAUCAGAUCACAUAGUAUGCAAGCAAUCAGUCCUGACUCUUCUUUCCUCCUUCUCUCUCCUCCUCCCUGCAGGACACCUUCUCCAUGGCGGUGUCCUUCGUGACGGGCAAGGUGGUGUACAUCUCCCCCCAGGGCUCGUCCAUGCUGCGCUGCAAGCCCGACCGGCUCCUGGGGGCCAUCUUCUCUGAGCUGCUGGCUCCCCAGGAUGUCAGCACCUUCUACAGCAGUACGGCGCCCUCACGCCUGCCCCCCUGGGCCACCUGCAUGGGCUCUGUCUCCCCACCGACAGACUGCACCCAGGAGAAGUCCAUUUUCUGUCGCAUAAGCGCCGACCGGGCGCAGGGAGGCGAGAUGAAAUACUACUCCUUCCGCAUGACCCCCUACCAGCUAACCCUGAGGGAUUUUGACACCUCAGCUCCCCAGCCCUGCUGCCUGCUCCUCACCGAGCGGGUACACUCUGGAUACGAAGCUCCCCGUAUCCCUGCCGACAAGAGGAUCUUCACCACCAGUCACACCCCCAGCUGUCUAUUCCAGGAAGUGGAUGAAAGGGCCGUGCCAUUGUUGGGCUACCUGCCCCAGGACCUGGUGGGAACCCCCGUGCUUCUCUACCUCCACCCUGAGGACAGACCUAUCAUGGUGGCCAUACACAAGAAGAGUGAGUACACACAUGUUGUCUUUUUAUUCCAUCUUUCUUUCUCCAUAUCUUUCUUUCAAUCUAUUUGGAUAGUCUCAUGAGUCUCAUUCUGUCUGUUUCACUCGCUCUCGCUCUAUCGCUCGCUCGUUCUCUCUCGCGCUCUCUCUCUCUCUCUCUUUCUUUCUGUAAAGCAUACAAUUGUAUUGCAUUGUAACCCCUUCUCCCUCCAUCCUCCAGUCCUCCAAUUUGCAGGGCAGCCCUUCAACAGCUCUCCCCUGAGGAUGUGUUCCCGCAGCGGGGAGUACUUGACCAUCGACACCAGUUGGUCCUCCUUCGUCAACCCCUGGAGCAGGAAGGUGGCCUUCAUCGUAGGGCGCCACAAAGUCCGAACCAGCCCCCUGAACGAGGACGUGUUCACCCCUUUGCGGAGCUGCGAGGGCCGGCCCAUGGCCCCGGAGAUCGUGCAGCUGAGCGAGCAGAUCCACCGUCUCCUGGUGCAGCCGGUGCACAGCGGUGGGUCGCAGGGCUACAGCAGCCUGGGCUCAAAUGGAUCCCGCUCCCACGAGCAGCAGCACCUCAGCGCCGCAUCCUCAGUCUCCGACAGCAAGUCCACCAAUGCCAUGGAGGCCAUGGAAGCAGCCGUGAUUGCCCUGCACAAACCGGUGAGUGGAAUGGAGACACACACACAGUCACACCAAAAUACAUACACCAACAGUUCUUCAUAUAUACACACACAUAACUGACACACUGAUUUCUGACCAUCAUUGUCCUCUUGUUUCUCCAGAUGACGUUCCAGCAGAUCUGUAAGGACGUGCACAUGGUCAAGACCAGUGGGCAGCAGGUCUUCGUCGACUCCUGCAACCGCACCCCACCCUGGCGACACGCCGUCACCACGCUCCGAGCCAUCAAAGGAGUGGACCCCAUCAAGAGUCCUGUCCCCAAGGUGGUGUGCCCACCCAAAACCCCAGUGCCCAACAACCAGCAGCUGUUAAAGAAGGAGCCCCCCAGUGACUACAGCUACCAACAGAUCAACUGUCUUGACAGCAUCAUAAGGUAUGUACUGGUGUGAAUAAUGCCAUAAUUAAUUGUGAUUUUAAUUUGAUUAGCGAUGGUAUUAAUAGUAAUUUUAUUGUGAAUGAUGAGGUUAUUAAUAGUGAUUGUAUUGUGAAUAGUGACUUUAUUGAUCGUGAUUUAAGUUAAGGAAGUAGGCUCAUAUGGGCUUUGAAAUUGAAAGGAAGUGCACUUCAUACAGUGAACCAAAGUGAUUGACAUUGACUUACGACAUCACUUCCUCUUCCCUUCCCAGGUACUUGGACGGCUGCAAUGUUCCCAACACUGUGAAGAGGAAGUUUGGCUCGUCCUCUGGCACGUCAACAUCUGACAAUGACAAACUGCAGCACGAAACUUUUGGCAAUGCAAAAGGUACAGUCACACUACAUUCCCUGUUACAUAGCCAUAUAUAUGUAUACCAGGUGCCCUCCUUUUAUAUUAGACUUAAACUAGACCACUGGUCGCUGCAGUCCACACACACAACAGGAGAGACGGGACACGCGAGACGAGUGUGUGUGUGUGCGAAAGAGUGUUAAAGAGUGUGUGAGCGAGAGGACUUCUAAUAAGAACUUAGUCUAUUUUAUAAAUGAUUUAAACUCAAAAAGGGCUGCUUGUUGUGACACGCUUGAAAUAAACUGGGGUUGGGGCGGGGUUUACGAUGAGAGCAAUCCGUACGAUGACUCACCUAGGUCUGUACGUUUGGCUGUGUGUUGGCUGCUUGUUUCUGCGUGUGUGGCGCUGUAGGUGAUCUAGCUAUUGCAGUCACCCUGGUGGGGGACUCUGCGGGGGUGGCGCCCCUGCCCCCCCUGGCCUUGCACAGCCACAAGGCCGAGAGCGUAGCUUCAGUCACCUCGCAAUGCAGCUUCAGCAGUACCAUCGUCCACGUGGGAGACAAGAAGCCCCCAGAGUCAGGUGGGCAAGACAACAUGGCCGCCACGCUUGUCUUCUAGACUGGCCUGGCCUCUUAUUAUAUUAGGCUCUCUCUGCUAUACCACUCGCCUGUCCACUCACUAUCUAUCUGCCACCAGUGUCUCUCUGUGGAGUCUCACGGUUACUUGAUAGUCUUGUGUCUGUGUCCAUUUGUCUGUUGUGGAUAUUUAUUUCCUUCGAUAUCUCUUGAAGCAUUGCUCCCUAUCUAUCUAGCUUUCUCGCUCUCUGUAUUUCUAGCUCUUGUUUUUUCUCUUUCUCUGUCCUUUUCUCUCCCUCUGUCUCUCAAGUCGCAGAGUCCAGCCUUUCAGUUUUCUCUAUCCUUCAGUCUUGUUUUUCUGAAACCUGCCUGCGUUAUAUUGCUUUUGCAUGUGCUACAACAAUCCUGUCUAUAACCUAUCCUCAUUCUUUCAUCCUCUCUUUCUCCUUCACAGAUAUUGUAAUGGAAGACGCUCCUCCCAUUCCUACACUAGCCACUCCGACCCCCAUCGCCGUCAUCGACCCUCCUCCUCCCCCGCCCAGAAUGACCUCACCACCCAGCCGAAGAGGUGGCCUGACCAAGGGCCUGACCAAGGAGGUGCUCUCUGCCCACACGCAGCAGGAGGAGCAGGCCUUCCUCUGUCGCUUCAGUGACCUGAGCCAGCUAAGGGUGUUCGACCCAGCCUCAGCCCUCCGAUGCCCGCUCCCCACUAACAACCCCCUCGCCACAGGUAAAAAUGCAUUUCUCAACAACUCUUUUCAACAACUAGCUUUUUAAAUUUCCCUUCAAUGUCAUCAUUAAUUCCUUUUAACUUAUGCAUCUUUAUCUUGUCUUCUAGGAGCACGUUGUUCUCGUGACUACCCUGCAGCGGGAGGUAGUCGUAGACGCGGCCGCGGAGCCAAGAGACUGAAGCAGCAAGAGUCCUCAGAACAGAGAGACCCUCUGGCUAUGGGCAUGACCGUAACUCUCAGGGGCCCCAACGUCAGCCCUAUAAACUCACCCCCCAUCUCUACCUACCCCCUGGCCUUGGGGCCCACCACCACCACCUCCUCCUCCUGGCCAGCCUCUGUGGGAUCCCAGGCCAGCCUGGCCUCCAUUCCCUACCCCCCAGGGAUGCUCCCCAUCUACCCUACUCUCUCCCAGCCCAUGGGCAUCCCCUCCAUGCAGAACCAGAUGGUACCUCCCAUGAUGGCCCUGGUGCUGCCCAACUACAUGUUCCCCCAGCUUAACCCCAACAUGACCCAGAUGGCCACAGCCAUGGGCACACCUAUGGACACAACGGGGAACAUGAUGGGAAGCCCCAUGUCCCAGCCAGGAGCCACCAUGGUUACCCCCAGCCCACAGCACUUCUUCAACCCCAACGCAGGUUUACCCUUCCCCGGUACCAACGGGAUGCCAUGCCCCAUGCCAACUAUGCCCUCGCUCAUGCAAACCGCCAUGCCCAUCCAGGCCCAACGGCCAGCCUCUGGCUCCAGCACCCCCCAGUCGUGUAGUCAAGUACCGGCUGAACGUGAGGGCCCAGAGUCGCCCCUAUUCCACUCUCGCUGCUCCUCCCCCCUCAACCUACUACAGCUGGUGGAGGAGUUGCCCAGCAACCGGCUGGAGGUCGCCACGGCGCUGGCUGCUGCUGCGCAACAGGCCACGCCACCCGCACAAGCGAGUCAUGAGAGAUCGGCAGAUAACGGCAACGAGAAUGUGAGUAAAAAAUAUUUCACUUAAUGUACAUUUUGCGCCAUUAUAGUGGCAACUCAAUACUUGCAGCUAAGGCAUUACUCAAAUCGAACCUUUCUCUUCCUCUUUUCAGGCCAAUGAUUCCAACCAGGAUGUAGAGUCCACCUCCAGUGACCUACUGGACCUGCUCCUGCAGGAGGACUCUCGCUCAGGCACCGGCUCAGCCGCUUCUGGCUCCGGGUUCUCUGGAUCAGGGUCUUCAGGAUCUGGGUCCUCGGGCUCCAACGGCUGCAGCUCCUCAGGGAGUGGAACCAGUGAGUACCCCCUCAAUACUGCCUAUCUGAAAUGGCAAGGGCAAUUAUAAUAUAUUGUGGUGACUUUGAGACAACAAUCUUAAAUCACCUAAAUACUUACAUUUUUGUCAAAUAUCUCCUAGACCAAGGGUGUCAAACAUACGUCCCGCGGUGGGUUUGAGUUAAUCAACAUUUCUUUGGGGGGAGGACUAAAACCAAAUCGAAACUGUAGAAAUGAUAAUGGACCUACAUUCAUAGUUUCUUGACUGUCCAGCUCGCUAAUAAUCACCUAAUGAAAGCUAGACAGUCAGGGAGCAUCGAAAAUUCAAGAAACGAAGAGGACUAUUUUUGAAAAUUGACAGCGAGAAAAUAUAACACAUUUUCAGUACGUUGAAGACUGAAUGCGCUCCCCAAGGGCAAAAUGACACCACUGACAUAGAGCCUUUUGAAAUGACAAAUCUUCUUGUUUUCACUCUAAAGUCAAACCGAGUACCCCAAUCAGACUGUUGACACUUAAAACUCUAGCUAGCAUGGAAUUAAGGUCUCACCUCGUCAUCUCCAACGUCUUCCCCCAGGUCGCAGUCAGAGCAGCCAUACCAGCAAGUACUUUGGCAGUAUCGACUCGUCAGAGAACGACCACUCCGGCAAGCAGCCAGCAGGUGGCAGUGCAGCAGGGGAAGACGGAGAGGAACAGUUCAUCAAGUGUGUCCUGCAGGACCCCAUCUGGCUCCUCAUGGCCAACACGGAUGACAAGGUGAUGAUGACCUACCAGCUGCCCACCAAGGACCGGGAGACUGUGCUGCGGGAGGACCGCGAGGCCCUGAGGGCCAUGCACAAACACCAGCCCCGCUUCACUGAGGAACAGAAGAGAGACCUGAGCCAGGUCCACCCCUGGAUACGCACCGGUCGCCUGCCCCGCGCCUUAAACAUCUCAGUGAGUAACCCCUACACAAAACGACCUUCUCAAAACAGAUUAUGUCCACAUUUUUUAGGAAUAUUAACAGUAGGAAUAUUAACUUUAUUAUUAGCAAACCUCUUUUCAUCCACAACAUAAUUGUGAUACUGUAAGUGUUUUGGCUGUCACCUAACCCUCCUUUACCCCCUCUCUCUCUCAGGCAUGUAUGGAGUGCAAGUCUCCCCCCACUAUCGUACCCGCUGCUCCGUUUGACGUGGAGAUCCACGAGAUGGAGCUGUGCAGCGUGCUGGAGACUACAGAAAAGGCCUCCACUGCUACUCAGGAGAAAGCUCCCUUACCCGUAACCGCCAUGGACCAGGGAGGUCAGGAGCAUGUGGCGCACGCCAAAACACAAGGCAACGACCAGGAAAUGACAACAGAGGAGCAGGAAGUGACCUCGCUGACGGAGGAGGAGAAGGCGAGCGCCGCUGCAGAAACUGACAUGACCCACUGA